AUGUUAGCGAGCAGAUUGUGCUCAAACGAAAAAAUUUUAAAUUUCUUUACAACAAAUGCCAAUAGAAUUUUCAUAAGGAAUAAGAGUUUAUUUCAUCAUUUAAAGUUUAAUAAUGCUGUAUUUCAACCUAAUUGGUCAUUUAUCAGAAGUCAAGUUACAGUACCGAUUGCCAAAGUAGCCACACAAAAACCUGUAGGUAUCUGGCUAACUAUUUGUUCAGGAAUGGUAUACCUUGCUGUUGCCAUUGGAGGUUACACUCGUUUAACCGAAUCUGGACUAUCUAUGGUUACUUGGAAAUUUGCAUAUGAAAAAUACCCUUCAUCUGAAGAUGAAUGGGAAAAUGAAUUUAAAAAAUAUCAAGAGUAUCCAGAAUAUAAGCAGUUGAAGAAAGAUAUAACAUUAUCUGAAUUUAAAAAUAUAUGGUUAACUGAAUAUUUUCACAGAAAUUGGGGAAGAUUUCUUGGUCUUUCCUUUUUCAUACCUGCCGGUUUGUUUUGGAUGAAAGGCUAUUUGUCGCCAUUUUUAAAAAAAAGAAUUUCAGUUUUUGGACUACUAAUUGGAGCUCAGGGAUUGAUGGGAUGGUAUAUGGUCAAAUCUGGUUUAGAAGAUAGAUUUCACAAAGAUACUGAAAUUCCAAGAGUUAGUCAGUAUAGAUUAGCAACUCAUUUGGGACUUGCAUUGACUUUGUACACUGGAUUAUUAUGGACAGCUCUUGAACUUUUAUUACCUACACAAAAAAUUGUAUCUCAUUCUAAUAUUAAAACUUUAAAAAUAUUGUCUCAUACUUGUAAAGGAAUGGUAUUUCUUACUGCUCUUUCAGGAGCUUUUGUUGCUGGUUUGGAUGCAGGACUAGUUUAUAACUCAUUCCCUAAAAUGGGUGAUAAAUGGAUUCCCGAUGAUGUAUUAGAUUUAUCGCCAUGGUACAAAAAUUUUACUGAAAAUCCAACAGCUGUUCAGUUAGAUCACAGAAUUUUGGGUAUAUCAACUUUUUCAUUAAUCAUGAUUACAAAACUAAUUUCAAGAAAAUACCAUCUGCCUAAGACGGCAAAAUGGGCAGUCAAUUCUUUAACUUUAAUGGCUAUAUUACAAGUUUUGAUGGGAAUAUCCACUCUAGUUCAUUAUGUUCCUACAUCACAAGCAGUGGCUCAUCAAUCAGGAUCGACAACUUUGCUAACAACUGCCAUUUGGUUUGCUCAUGAAAUGAAAAAAUUAAAAUAUGUUCCAAAAUAA